UAAUAAUGAUAACAAUAUUUUUGAACAAAAUUAUUUAAAAUUACCUUAUAAAGACUAUGAUUUAAAUUCAAACUUUAAACCAAUUCUAAAUUAUAGGUAUGCUUCAAAAAUAUCAACAAUUAAAUGGAACAAAUCAUAUAUUCAUCUCUUUUUAGUUUCAUCCCUUGAUGGAACAUUUGAUGUUUGGAAUCUGCAUAAAUUAUCUUCUGUUCAAAGAUUUAUAAUGAAAAAGGGAAUAGCAAAAGCUAUUUGGUCUUAUGAUAACAGAAAUGUAAUAUCAAUCAAUUAUGAAAAGCGCCUAGAUAUAUUUGACAUUGAAAAAGGUGUGAAUAAAUUAAACUAUGAACAUGAUAAAUAUCUAACCUCUUUAAUCAAUCAUCCAACAGACUCAAAUAUCAUAAUAACUGGUUCAAAAAAUGAAAUAUUAGCUUGGGAUCUUAGGAAAAAGCUUGAUAAUCCUAUCAAAUAUUAUCGUUUUUUAUUUGGACAAUCAUUGGAUACCAUUUUUCUACCUAAUAAUGAGAUAUUUAUCAAUUCUGGAGAUCUAAUAUCACAAAGUGCCGAUGAACCUAAUCUAUUAGCUUGGGAUUUUAAAUCUGCAGCUAUUGUAUCUAAUCAAAUUUACAAGGAAAAAUAUUCUUGUCCUAAACUAUUAACGGAAAAUACUGGUCACCCGGCAAAAUUUUACGCUCAAACAAACGGCAAUUAUAUCGCAAUUUUUUCUGUCCGCCCUCCUUACAAGAUGAAUAAGCGGAAACGUUUUCAAGGUGGUCACACUGUAGACGGGUUCUCUGUAGAUAUGGAUCAGACUCCAAAUAGCAAAUAUCUGAUAAGUGGUAGUAGUGAUGGUAAGAUAUACAUUUACAACUCAAAUACCACUUCUCUCUUUUCAUCUCUUGAUCUCAAUUCUCGUGAUGGUUCCUGGAAUUCCAAAAAUCCUGACAGUAAGGCAAUAACAGCUCUGAGUAUUCACCCCAAUUAUUCUUCUUUGGUAGGGGUUGGUGACUUUGGCGGGAAUCUCAGACUCAUUACAAUAUGAUUAAUAUAUAUAAAAAAAUUAUUGUGUAAAUGUGAUAGAAUAUUUGUUAUGUAAUAUCUGUUAAUAAAUAAGAUG